AGCGGGCCUUUCAUAACUGGCAGUUAGCGGCUGGUGGCUCUGGCUCUUACGCAUUGCGAGCGAGCCCCAUUUUCUCUCCGCCACCACCUUCAUUCAACACCGGCAUAUAUCCCUAUCCGUUCUCGUCUCUGUAGCCCCGCGUCCGAAUCGCCGGGCUCUGUUGUACGAGAAAACACGCUGGCGGCGCGCUGAUGCCGCCAAAGGCCAAGCAAAAGAAUACCGCAAAUCGUCAUGAGAGCGGACUGGCCAAAGGUGCCCCUGGGAAGCGCAUCACCAAGCAGCGAUCCAACAAUCACCUCCCGAGCACCAAUGGUCAGGCUGCUCACUCGAUCCCUGCCACCACCACCGACGGCCUAAAUGACCACGACACGGCCGACGACUCGCCCGCUUCGCUGCCCGACGACGACAUGGUUGCCGCUACCACCGCAAGCAGCACCCCGCCCGUUACAGCUGCUCCCUCCGAGUCUUCGCGUCGCGUGUCCGAUGCCACCGCCUACAGCUCCGCCGUCAAUACCUCCAAGCUCGUGGGCCGCUCGGCCAGCAGCAGUUUCUCCAUGGCAAUGACCAUCCUCAGCGCUUGUCCGCUGUCUGAUGCCAUUGCCAUUCUGAUCCUGCUGAUGUCGCUUCCUCCGGCACUCAUCAUGCUUAUACACAGUCUCUUCGCCUCUCUCACCUUCGUUCCUCCUACCGCUGGUGUCUCGUUGAGCUCAUGGAACGGGAUGCCUCCUCUUGGAGACUGGUUCCAUGGCUCGGCCAGUGGUGGACCUUCGCUCUUUACCAUUCUUUUCUCGGACGGCAUCAUGUCUGUGGUGUACCUGGCGAGCUCUUACUGGUUGCAAAACAUUUACUUAGACCUCGGCCAAGCCGUCGUAGCCAUUUCUCUCAGCGGUGCCACCGCAGCAAAAGACGGCUCUGCCAAUAGCGUCGCUGCUUGCAGUAUGCUCGUUGUUUUUUCUCAUUUUCUCCGCUACAACAAAAUCCAUCUCAUCAGCUUGGAAUACCUGCGCUCGCUGUUACAAAAUCUCGGCAUCGGCCAACAUUGGAACCCCAUCUCUUCAGCAGACUUCUCUUCCUCUCCUUACGUCGCAUACGGCUGGUAUCGCGCCAUCCUCGGUUGUCACAUCCUGGCUCAAGGCGUGCUUACUCUUGGUCGUCGUUACCUGCACAGCUACUCUAACCAGUCCCGUGCCAGCGCGAACAAAAAACAAGAUCCGGAAGCAGCAUCGUAUGGAGACGGACCCAAGUCAUCGACGAGUCCUGGCGAUUCAGGUCAGGAACCUGCCGGAGGUCUGGGCUCUGACGGUCGACCUCCUGGGCCGUCUUCAGCGAUGCGCGAUGGCAAUCAACGUAUCAUAACAAGUAAAAAGAAGAAAAAGCACGCGACCCAAGUGCGCAGUCGGCAACCGCUAUGGGCGGCUAUAGCCAGUACAAAAGUAACCUUUUUGAAAGAGAUGGAACAGAAACAAGCUUCCGAAGACCAAGCAGAGGCUUCCGCUCACGACACGACCAACGAAAACCAACUUCUCCCACGUAUUUCUACCGAAGACCGCAUCUCCAUUGUUGAUAUCCGUCCAGCCGACAUAUUAUUCCGUGCCCAUCUUCCGUCCUUCUCCGCCACCUCCAGACCGAAGCUCGAUCCGAAUGCGCCCAUCAGUGCGGGUAUUGACAAGUCAAAGCCUUUCUUUGUUCGCAUGAAUGGUGCAGAUUGGGGAUCGACCAAGAUUAGUGAGGAAGGAGAAGGAGCGGACACAGUGUGGCAUGGUGAGAUAUUCGGCUUGACCCCCUUGACUAACUACAGCUGCGAACUGGUCAAUAUGUCUGACCAUAGCGUUUUGUGUACAACCAGCCUUGUCACUCUCCCUGCACCCAGUACCGAACAGACGUCGAUUGUCACUGCUUCUCCUCAGCCGCAAUCUCUUCGCCCACUAUCGCCCAUCUCAACCUUGAAGCAAUCUAUCGCCGCUGCCGAAAUGAAGCGCGAGGAUGCUCGCAAUAAGCUCAAGCGUGCUCGUCGUGAUCACAAGAAUGCCGCCUCUGCUGUACGCAAGGAAAUCGAUCAGCUCAAUGCAAAGGUUGCUUCUAGUGGAGGUCAGGACGAGCGCCAGCGACAAAGAAUACUUCAAUUGACUCAGCAUUUGCGCCAAGCCAACGAAGCCACAACUGCUCUCAAGGAAGAGACUGAUGCCCUGGGCGAGAUUCCUCAAGCCGAACUUCGCGAGUACAACGAAAAGAAGCGCGCUUGGCAGGCUGCCUGUGACAAGAAAUCUGCUGCCAUGGCCGAUCUCGAAGCUGCCAAAACUCAAGCUCAGCGCGAAAUUGCUCAAGUCACGUCCGAGUUGACUUCGGCUGCUCAAAAACGCGAACGACUCAGCACUCGCAAAGGAAAGCUGACGGAGCAACUGGACCGCUUGACGAACCAGAAGAACGCCGACAUGAGCGCUAGACAAAAGCAUGAGCAGGAGCGAGCCAAUCGUGUUUCCGAGUACCAGCGCCAGGAAGCAAAUCUGUUGUACUGGACACAGCAAAGCAACAAGGAUGCCGAAGACUGCACUUUGCGAGCCAACGAGUUUUUCACUCAAAUAGAAUACCUCACAAACGUUGUCGCUCAUCAGCAACAAACUCUCUCUGGACCUCCCACUCCCGAAGGCACUCUUCCCGGCACAAACGGACCUCCUAGUCGCCAACCCACUGCAUUCGACUUUAACAUGUUUGGUGGUGGCUUUGGGCAAGGAUUUGGAGGACUGAGCAAUGGCGGCGUGACUCAAGUCAGAGGACGCAGUAGCUCGAUGCUCUCGGGUUACAGUGGCUUCACAGACGACGAUCUCGACACGUUGGCUGGAGCUGAGAGUGCACAGAACGAGGCGCUGUUGUUGGAGAAUGACAAGGGCAAGGGCAGGUUGGCUAGUCCCAUCGGUAGCAAGUAACAUUGGUCAUAGUAAAUUUUGGAAGAAAAAGCUUGUGCCUGUUCUCAUGAAUUGCUUGCGUGUCUAUGUACACGGCGUAUGGGUGCACGUGUGAGAUAUAGGAGAGGUUGUCGUGUUGGAUGAUUAAAGGGCGGGCAGAUUCGAGCUUUGAUGCACGCUAGAGCGUCAUUUCGGCGGCAUCGAUCUGGAUGAGGGGCGUCCUGCUGGCUGCUCUUUUGAGGACACUU